UGAGACCGCCCAGGAGGCUGCGGCGCUCCUGGGCUAAGUCCUGCCAGGGAGCUCCCCCGUUGGGUGACGGAGGAGGUGGGGCGAGGGCAGCGCGCAGAAAUAGGGCUCUGGACGCCCGAGCGCAGCCAGCCUCCAGCACAGCCCGCGGCCCGGUGCGAGCUCCGCCCGCUGCCGGUGUGCCAAAGUGCGGUGCUCCCGCAGGGAACCUGGCUCGGGGAGGGCCUCUAGGUGAGUGCCGGGCUCGGCGCUCUGCUCCUGGAGCUCCCGCGGGACUGCCUGGGGACAGGGACUGCUGUGGCGCUCGGCCCUCCACUGCGGACCUCUCCUGAGUGGGUGCGCCGAGUCAUGGAGGGCGCAGAGCUGGCCGGGAAGAUCCUUUCCACCUGGCUGACGCUGGUUCUCGGCUUCAUCCUUCUGCCUUCGGUCUUCGGAGUGUCUCUGGGCAUCUCCGAGAUCUACAUGAAGAUCCUGGUGAAAACUUUAGAGUGGGCCACAAUACGAAUUGAAAAAGGAACCCCAAAGGAGUCGAUUCUUAAAAACUCUGCUUCUGUUGGUAUUAUCCAAAGAGAUGAGUCACCCAUGGAAAAAGGGCUCUCUGGUCUACGAGGAAGGGACUUUGAGCUGUCUGACGUGUUUUAUUUCUCCAAGAAGGGAUUGGAAGCCAUUGUGGAAGAUGAAGUGACCCAGAGGUUUUCCUCAGAGGAGCUAGUGUCAUGGAAUCUCCUCACAAGAACCAAUGUAAAUUUCCAGUACAUCAGUCUGCGGCUCACUAUGGUGUGGGUGCUGGGCGUCAUAGUGCGCUAUUGCGUCCUACUGCCUCUGAGGGUUACCUUGGCUUUCAUUGGGAUCAGUUUGCUGGUUAUAGGAACUACGCUGGUUGGGCAGCUGCCAGACAGCAGCCUCAAAAACUGGCUGAGUGAACUGGUCCAUCUGACUUGCUGCCGGAUCUGUGUGCGAUCCCUCUCUGGUACCAUUCAUUAUCAUAACAAGCAAUACAGACCCCAGAAGGGAGGCAUUUGUGUUGCCAACCAUACUUCCCCAAUUGAUGUUUUAAUCUUGACAACGGAUGGAUGUUACGCUAUGGUUGGCCAGGUUCAUGGCGGCUUGAUGGGAAUUAUUCAGAGAGCUAUGGUCAAGGCUUGUCCUCAUGUCUGGUUUGAACGCUCAGAAAUGAAGGAUCGACAUCUGGUUACUAAGAGACUAAAAGAACAUAUUGCUGAUAAGAAGAAAUUACCCAUAUUAAUUUUUCCUGAAGGAACUUGCAUCAACAAUACUUCAGUCAUGAUGUUUAAAAAGGGGAGCUUUGAAAUCGGAGGAACCAUACAUCCAGUUGCAAUUAAGUAUAACCCUCAGUUUGGUGAUGCAUUUUGGAACAGCAGUAAGUACAACAUGGUGAGCUACCUGCUUCGAAUGAUGACCAGCUGGGCCAUCGUCUGUGACGUGUGGUACAUGCCCCCGAUGACCAGAGAGGAAGGAGAAGAUGCAGUCCAGUUUGCUAACAGGGUUAAGUCUGCUAUUGCUAUACAAGGAGGCCUGACUGAACUUCCCUGGGAUGGAGGACUAAAGAGAGCAAAGGUGAAGGACACCCUCAAGGAAGAGCAGCAGAAAAAUUACAGCAAGAUGAUUGUGGGCAAUGGAUCUGUCAGCUAAGAGGACAGCUGACAGCCUUUAGAUCUAGAACUAGCCCUUAGAAAUGGAAUGGCUUUGUUUUCUGUUUUGUUUUUAUGAUUGUGAAUCUUUUCUACAGAAUGAUUGUCUCUACCUCUUUAUGCCAGAGGCAGAACCUACAGGUGCCCUUUUUGGCUUUUGUUGUUGUUGUAACAUUAGCCCCAUGGAUUGUAAGGUGGUUUACUGAGUUCAAACAGAUUCUGCUUUGAUAAAAUGAUGGCGUCACUGUUGACUGAAUGAAAUAUUUGUAUAGAAAAAGUGCUUGUAAAGUGUGUUUGGAACUCAUCGAUAGGGUAAUUCUCCAAAAAUGCCCAAACUCUCUUUUUAUAAUUAGCCUUGCCACUUUCUUCAGUCACUUAAAUGGUGAGAUUACACAUCAGUGCAAGAUGACCAUGAUGGUUAUGGUCUACUGCAAGGUUGAAAGGAAUAAUGGAGGAUUGUAUUUAGGAAAAGGGACAACUUUGUGGCCACCUGCUCUGAAAGUCAAAAGGAAACAUAAAUUAGUGUUAUUAGUAUGUUGGAAGAGAAAUACUACUUUUCUUUUUCACAGGAGUUCUCUGGCCCUGUGAACUCCACCUUGAGCAAUGUCACAGAUUACAGUUAUUUUGCAGGUGAAUUAAGCUUCACCAAAGAAAAGUGAGUCAAAGUUAAUGUGUGUGUGCAUUUAUAUGUAGGCAGCUCAUAGACCACAUUUUAGCCAGCAACUGGUAACAAAGAGCUUAGUUUUCCUUGUUUGAAUGCUGUAGAUCUAUACCUAGUACCCCUCCCAUCUACUGAUUUCUUUGUUUUUAUAACCAAACACAUUUUCAGAUAGAAGGAGCCUUAAAAAAAAAAAAAAAUCACAUUGAGUAACUUCAGUAUGAAUGAAUGAGAGUGUGCGGAGCUACCCCUCACCCUCCACCCCUUUGUGGUUUAUUCCCUAAUUUUCCCAGUCUCUUAAACAGAAAAAAUGACUGAUAUAAUUACCUUUUGGAAACUGAGCCUUAAUUUUUUUUAGGGGGAGAAAUAAGUUUUCCCCAACUCACACAGCAUAAGCAAUGUUUGACAGCAAUAUAAUGCCGUUGUGAACUCCUGAGAGUAUGACAUCUGUUCUGCUAGCCUUGUACAGAAUGUGAAACUGUCUGAUGAAUAUAAAUAAAUUCUAUAUUUCUAAA